AUGUUUUUAACAAGAAGUGAAUAUGAUCGUGGUGUAUCUACAUUUUCACCAGAAGGAAGAUUAUUUCAAGUUGAAUAUUCAUUAGAAGCUAUAAAAUUAGGAUCAACAGCUAUAGGUAUAUCAACAAGUCAAGGUGUAAUAUUAGGAGUUGAAAAGAGAGUAACAUCAUCAUUAUUAGAAUCAUCAUCAAUUGAAAAAAUUGUAGAAAUAGAUCAUCAUAUUGGUUGUGCAAUGUCUGGUUUAACAGCAGAUGCAAGAUCAAUGAUUGAUCAUGCUAGAGUAUCAAGUUUAACUCAUAAUUUGUAUUAUGAUGAAGAUAUUAAUGUUGAAAGUUUAACACAAAAUGUUUGUGAUUUAGCUUUAAGAUUUGGUGAAGGUGCCAGUGGUGAAAAAAGAUUAAUGAGUAGACCAUUUGGUGUUGCUUUAUUAAUUGCAGGUUAUGAUGAAAAUAAAGGUCCACAAUUAUAUCAUGCUGAACCAAGCGGUACUUUUUAUAGAUAUGAAGCUAAAGCAAUUGGUUCUGGUUCUGAAGGUGCUCAAGCUGAAUUAAACAAUGAAUAUCAUAAAUCUUUAACAUUGGAAGAAGCUGAAUUAUUAGCUUUAAAAAUAUUAAAACAAGUUAUGGAAGAAAAAUUAGAUUUUAAAAAUGCUCAAUUAGCUAGUGUUACAAAAGAAGAAGGGUUUAAGAUCUAUGAUGAUAAGAAAACUGAUGAAAUUAUAAAAAAAUUAAAUGAACAAUCAACUGAUGAAGAAAUGCAGCAUUAA